CUCUCUCCCCCCUGGUCCCGACCCACGACCCGGUCACUUCUCCCACUGACUCCCGGUCUCCUCUGGUCCCCUCCUUCUCCAGCUCUCUGCCUUGCUCUUCAUCCUCCUCUUUGGUUCACGCCUCCUCCUCCUCCUCCUCUUCCUCCUCCUCCUCUUCCUCCUCCAAGCAGCGUGCAGCUUCACGUGGAGCCCGGAUCUCGCCACCGAAGCUUCCCUUCUCAGUUCCCGGGAAACCUCGCUAGCAUCGUUAGCCCAGACCCGAGCAUGGCCACGCUGAUCCUGGAGGACGGGACCCGGUUCCGGGGCCGCCGGUUCGGAGCCGACGUGUCCGUGUCCGGGGAAGUCGUGUUUCAGACGGGGAUGGUGGGCUACCCCGAGGCGCUGACCGACCCCUCCUACCACUGCCAGCUGCUGACCCUCACCUACCCGCUGGUCGGAAACUACGGGGUCCCGCCGGACGAGGACGGAGACUUCGGACUGAGCAAGUGGUUCGAGUCGUCUAAGAUCCACGCCGCAGGUCUGAUCAUCGGAGAGCUGUCGGACCGGCCCAGUCACUGGAGCUCCGUCAAGUCCCUGGACCAGUGGCUCAAGGAGCACGGAAUCCCCGGGAUACAAGGGAUCGACACCCGCUGCCUGACCAAGAAGAUCCGAGAGAAGGGCACCAUGCUGGGGAAGCUGGUGGUGGACGGGACCCCAGAGGACAGUGUCCCCCUGGACAACCCGGACCACAGGAACCUGGUCCAGGAGGUGUCCAUGAAGGAGCCGCGAGUCUUUAACCCCAGUGGCAGCCUGCGGAUCACCGUGGUGGACUGUGGCAUCAAGUUCAACCAGAUCCGCUGCCUGGCCGAGAGAGGAGCCCGGGUCACCGUGGUUCCCUGGGACCACCCGCUGGACAUCACAGAGUUUGAUGGUUUGUUCAUCAGUAACGGCCCCGGGGAUCCUCAGCUGUGUGAGGCCACCAUCAACAACCUGAGGAAGGUCGUGUGCGUCGAUCGCCCCAAGCCCGUCUUCGGGAUCUGUCUCGGACACCAGCUGCUGUCUCUGGUCAUCGGAGCGAAGACGUACAAGAUGAAGUACGGCAACCGAGGCCACAACCAGCCGUGCAUCCACCACGGAACCGAGCGCUGCUUCAUCACCAGUCAGAACCACGGCUUCGCUGUCGACCCGGACACGCUCCCCCCCGACUGGGACGUGCUCUUCACCAACGCCAACGACCACACCAACGAGGGCAUCGUACACAACGUGCACCCGCUGUUCAGUGUUCAGUUCCAUCCGGAGCACAUGGCUGGUCCCACGGAUCUGGUCGGCUUGUUCGAUGUCUUCCUCGACACGGUGAAGGAACACAAAGACGGCAGCGCUAAAAAAACAGUCAAGCAGCAGCUGGUGGAUCACCUGACCUUCCCUGGCUCCCCGAAGCCAGAGGAUGUGACCCGACCCAGGAAGGUCCUCAUCCUGGGCUCCGGUGGUCUGUCCAUCGGUCAGGCUGGAGAGUUCGACUACUCCGGCUCCCAGGCGAUCAAGGCUCUGAAGGAAGAGAACAUCCAGACGGUGCUGAUCAACCCCAACAUCGCCACCGUCCAGACGUCCAAAGGCCUGGCGGACAAAGUCUACUUCCUGCCCAUCACUGCAGACUACGUCAUUCAGGUGAUAAAAAAUGAACGCCCUGACGGCGUCCUGUUGACCUUCGGGGGUCAGACGGCGCUGAACUGUGGCGUGGAGCUGACCAAGCUCGGUGUCCUGGAGAAGUACAAUGUUAAAGUCCUGGGGACUCCGGUGUCCUCCAUCGAGAUGACGGAGGACAGGAAGGUGUUUGUGGAGAAGAUGGAAGAGAUCGGCGAACACGUCGCCCCGAGUGAAGCAGCGCUGUCCGUGGAGCAGGCGGUGGCCGCUGCAGAACGCCUCGGCUUCCCCGUCCUGGUCCGUGCAGCGUUCGCGCUCGGAGGUCUGGGCUCCGGCUUCGCCAACAACAAGGAGGAGCUGACCACGCUGGUGACGGCCGCCUUCGCUCACACCUCCCAGGUCCUGGUGGACAAAUCCCUGAAGGGCUGGAAGGAGAUCGAGUACGAGGUGGUCCGAGACGCCUACGACAACUGUGUCACCGUGUGUAACAUGGAGAACGUCGAUCCUCUGGGGAUCCACACCGGCGAGUCCAUCGUGGUGGCGCCGAGUCAAACGCUGAACGACCACGAGUACAACAUGCUGAGGAACACCGCCAUCAAAGUCAUCAGGCACCUCGGCAUCGUGGGAGAGUGUAACAUCCAGUACGCUCUCAACCCUGAAUCCGAACAGUAUUUCAUCAUCGAGGUGAAUGCUCGUCUGUCCCGGAGCUCCGCCCUGGCCAGUAAAGCCACUGGUUAUCCUCUGGCCUACGUGGCGGCCAAACUGGCGCUGGGGAUCCCGCUGCCGCAGCUCAAAAAUUCUGUCACCAACUCCACGACGGCAAACUUUGAGCCCAGUUUGGAUUACUGCGUGGUGAAGGUUCCUCGCUGGGACCUCAGCAAGUUCCUCAGGGUCUCCACCACGAUCGGCAGCUCCAUGAAGAGUGUCGGGGAGGUGAUGGCUAUUGGCCGCAGCUUCGAGGAGGCGUUCCAGAAAGCUCUGAGGAUGGUGGACGAGAACUGUGUCGGCUUCGACCACACAAUCAAAGCUGUGUCUGAAACGGAGCUGCUGGUUCCCACCGACAAGCGCAUCUUCGUGCUGGCGGCGGCGUUUAAAGACGGCUACACGGUGGACCAGCUGUACGAGCUCACCAAGAUCGACCGCUGGUUCCUGUACAAGAUGAAGAACAUCGCCGACCACGAGCGACUGCUGGAGACGUACAACCAGGACGAGAGCACCAUGCCUCCGGAGGCGAUGCUGAAGGCCAAGCAGCUGGGCUUCUCCGACAAGCAGAUCGCUCUGGCUGUGCAGAGCACUGAGCUCGCCGUGAGGAAGCUGCGCCACGAUUGGUCCAUCAUCCCCGUGGUGAAGCAGAUCGACACGGUGGCUGCCGAGUGGCCGGCGUUCACAAACUACCUGUACCUGACCUACCACGGCACGGAGAACGACCUGACCUUCGAGGACCAGCACGUCAUGGUGAUCGGCUCGGGCGUGUACCGCAUCGGCAGCAGCGUGGAGUUCGACUGGUGCGCCGUGGGCUGCAUCACCGAGCUCAGGAAGAUGGGUUAUAAGACCAUCAUGGUGAACUACAACCCUGAGACCGUCAGCACAGACUAUGACAUGUGUGACCGCCUCUACUUUGAUGAAAUCUCCUUUGAGGUGGUGAUGGACAUCUACGAGCGGGAGAACCCGGAGGGGGUGAUCCUGUCGAUGGGGGGGCAGCUGCCCAACAACAUCGCCAUGCCGCUGCACCGGCAGCUGUGCCGCAUCCUGGGGACGUCGCCCGAGUUCAUCGACAGCGCCGAGAACCGCUUCAAGUUCUCCAGGAUGCUGGACACCAUCGGCAUCAGCCAGCCGCAGUGGAAGGAGCUCUCUGACACUGAGUCUGCCAUGAAGUUCUGUGAGAAGGUGGGAUACCCCUGCCUGGUUCGUCCGUCCUACGUUCUGAGCGGAGCCGCCAUGAACGUGGCCUACGCUGACAGCGACCUGGAGAAAUACCUGUGUAACGCCAUGGCUGUGUCCAAGGAGCAUCCUGUGGUCAUCUCCAAGUUCAUCCAGGAAGCUAAGGAGAUCGAUGUGGACGCAGUAGCGUGCGACGGGGUCGUGAUGGCCAUCGCGGUGUCUGAACACGUGGAGAACGCCGGCGUUCACUCCGGCGACGCCACACUGGUGACGCCGCCUCAGGACAUCAACCAGAAGACCAUGGAGAGGAUCAAGAUUAUCGUUCACGCCAUCGGCCAGGAGCUGCAGGUCACCGGCCCCUUCAACCUGCAGCUGAUCGCCAAGGACGACCAGCUGAAGGUGAUCGAGUGCAACGUCCGGGUGUCCCGCUCCUUCCCGUUCGUAUCCAAGACCCUGGGCGUGGACCUGGUUGCCCUGGCAACACGACUCAUAAUGGGGGAGGACAUGGAGCCGGUGGGCCUGAUGAGAGGGAAGGGGAUCGUAGGAGUGAAGGUUCCUCAGUUCUCCUUCUCUCGGCUGGCCGGAGCCGACGUGGUUCUCGGGGUCGAGAUGACCAGCACCGGGGAGGUCGCCUGUUUUGGGGAGAACCGAUACGAGGCGUACCUCAAAGCCAUGCUCUCCACGGGCUUCGUGAUCCCCAAGAAGAACAUCCUGCUCUCCAUCGGCAGCUAUAAGAACAAGAGUGAGCUGCUGCCCACCGUGCAGGCGCUGGAGUCUCUGGGUUACGACCUGUACGCCAGCCUGGGAACCGCCGACUUCUACACCGAGCACGGAGUCAAGGUGAUGGCGGUGGACUGGCCCUUCGAGGAGGAAGAGAGCGACUGUCCCACCAAAGAGAAGCAGCGCAGCAUCAUGAACUACCUGGAGAACCACCACUUCGACCUGGUCAUCAACCUCUCCAUGAGGAACAGCGGAGGGCGUCGCCUCUCCUCCUUCGUCACCAAAGGCUACCGGACCAGACGCAUGGCCAUCGACUACUCCGUCCCGCUCAUCAUCGACAUCAAGUGCACCAAGCUCUUUGUUCAGGCUCUUCGUCAGAUCGGCCCAACUCCUCCAGUGAAGACUCACAUCGACAGCAUGGCGUCCCAGACUCUGGUCCGCCUCCCCGGUCUGAUCGACGUGCACGUUCACCUGCGUGAGCCCGGGGCCACACACAAGGAGGACUUCUCCUCCGGGACGGCGGCGGCGCUGGCAGGAGGCGUGACCAUGGUGUGUGCCAUGCCCAACACGUCCCCGGCCGUCACGGACGCCAGCACUCUGGCUCUGGUGCAGAAGCUUGCUAAAGCGGGCUGCAGGUGUGACUACGCCCUGUAUCUGGGCGCCGCCUCAGACAACGCCGCCGUGCUGCCGUCGAUCGCCAGCCAGGCGGUCGGUCUGAAGAUGUACCUGAACGACACCUACUCCACCCUCAAGAUGGACAACGUGUCCCUCUGGAUGGAGCACUUUGAGAAGUGGCCCAAGCACAUGCCCAUCGUCGCUCACGCCGAGAAGCAGACGGUCGCUGCCAUCCUGAUGGUGGCGCAGCUCUACCAGCGCCCGGUGCACAUCUGCCACAUCGCCAAGAAGGAGGAGAUCCUGAUCAUCCGCGCGGCCAAGCAGAAGGGCAUCCAGGUCACGUGUGAGGUGGCGCCUCAUCACCUCUUCCUGUGUGAGGACAACGUGCCGGACAUCGGUGAUGGUCGGGCGGAGGUGCGCCCCACGCUGGGAGCCCGGGAGGACAUGGAAGCGCUCUGGGAAAACCUGGACAUCAUCGACUGCUUCGCCACAGACCACGCGCCUCACUCUGUUGAGGAGAAGAACAGCGAGCGUCCUCCUCCUGGUUACCCCGGCCUGGAGACCAUGCUGCCGCUGCUGCUCACCGCCGUCAGCGAUGGACGUCUGACUCUGGACGAUAUUAUCAGACGUCUCUAUGACAACCCACGCAAGAUCUUCAACCUGCCUGUCCAAGAAAACACCUACGUAGAGGUGGACUUGGAGCACGAGUGGGUGAUUCCUCCGUCCAUGCAGUUCACCAAGUCCAAGUGGACGCCGUUCCAGGGUCUGAAGGUGAAGGGUAAAGUGCGCCGGGUGGUCCUGAGAGGAGAGGUGGCCUACAUCGACGGGCAGGUGCUGGUAGCUCCAGGUUAUGGUGAAGAUGUGAAGACGUGGCCGGCGGCCGCCAUCAUCCCUCCGGAGCCGGUUAAAGAAGCUCCCAUGACUCCAGAGCACACUCGUCCCACUCCUCCUCGUGAGGGUCCGAUCAGAACCCGAGCCGCGAGCCCCCGGCGCGGCGCAGGCGAGGGCCGCUACCUGCUGCCCCCCCGCACCCACCGGGCCUCCGACCCCGGGCUCCCACUGGAGAUGAUGAUGAUGCUUCCUCCGGCCGUUGUGGCGGACGGCUACAGCCACCCCCCCCCUCUGUCCCGGCUGCUCUCCCCUCAGCCGGCGCCGGGUCAGAUCCUCGCUGGAACGGCGUCCCACUUCCAGACGUCUCCCUUCCUGCACCCGCUGGUCGGCCAGCACAUCCUGUCUGUACGGCAGUUCAGCAAAGAACAGAUCUCGCACCUUUUCAACGUCGCCCACACUUUGCGUAUGAUGGUUCAGAAGGAGCGAAGCCUGGAGAUCCUGAAGGGGAAAGUGAUGGCGUCCAUGUUCUACGAGGUCAGCACUCGCACCAGCAGCUCCUUCGCCGCGGCCAUGCAGCGACUCGGCGGCUCCGUCGUCCACUUCAGUGAAUCCACCUCGUCCACGCAGAAAGGAGAAUCUCUGGCCGACUCGGUUCAGACCAUGAGCUGCUACGCUGACGUGCUGGUGCUGCGACACCCGACGCCUGGAGCGGUGGAGAGCGCGUCCCGUCACUGCCGGAAACCAGUGAUCAACGCUGGAGACGGCGUGGGCGAGCAUCCGACCCAGGCGCUGCUGGACGUGUUCACCAUCCGAGAGGAGCUGGGGACGGUCAACGGGAUGACGAUAACGAUGGUCGGGGAUCUGAAACACGGCCGCACGGUUCACUCCCUCGCCAAAUUGCUGACUCAGUACCGCAUCACUCUGCGCUACGUGGCGCCCAAGAACCUCCACAUGCCGGCAGAGAUCAUCAGCUACGUGGCCUCCAAGGGCAUCAAACAGGAGGAGUUUGAGAGCAUUGAAGAAGCUCUGCCUGAGACUGAUGUGCUCUACAUGACCAGGAUCCAGAAGGAGAGGUUCGCCUCCGAGGACGAGUACAAGGCCUGUUUCGGUCAGUUCAUCCUCACUCCUCACAUCAUGACUGUGGCCAAGAGGAAGAUGGUGGUGAUGCAUCCGCUGCCCAGAGUCAAUGAAAUCAGUGCCGAAGUGGACACGGACCCGAGAGCAGCAUAUUUCCGCCAGGCGGAGAACGGCAUGUACAUCCGAAUGGCCCUGCUGGCCACCGUACUGGGCAGAUAGAAUCCACGUGGUGAUGAUAAGUGUUAGAACCUUCAUGUUCAUCCCUGAAAUUAACACAAUCGACAGCACAGUGUUUGAUGUCAGCUGAUUUAAAAUCUGUAACACGAACGCUGCUUUUCUCCAGUUAUCUUUAGGUCAACUGUAAAAUUACCAUAUAUUUUUCAGCAAAUGUUCUUUUUUUAUAUAUAUAUCUUCAGACAAAUUAAGCAUUAUCCCAAAACUAUAAAUUCUUAUUCUUUGUUUGUUUGUUAGCGACGGUUAAGAGAUUAUUGAGUGUUUGUUUAUCAGUGAGAGAAGAAGAAGCUGCUUGGAGGAGAACUGGAAAUCAGUCAUAUCGUCUAAUGAUGUUUAUGAAAUGAAUCUUCUGGUUGCUCGGUUAAAAACUCGACUGACUUUAAAGGGACCAGCUCGCACACUACAAGGGGAGAAUGUAGCAUUAUAUAGGGAUAGGGUACGCUCUGUUACUUCUUUGUGUAUGAAUUGUUUCUUACCUUAAAUGUGUAGAAAUAACUGGAGGUGGAUACGCACACAUGUCUCACAGGUUGAGGGGUAUUCGUCUUUUUUUUAAUCCAAAUGGGACGUCGGGAACGUGUUGGUGAAGGACUGUAUCAUGUGGAGAAAUAAAUAAUAAAAGGACAAUUUUCCCCA